CGCCCGCGCCGCCCCGGCCGAUCCCCCGCGCCGAUCCGGCGGAACCCGCCGCAAAGGCGGCGCCUUUUUCGCCCCGAUGUACAGCAACUUCAAGGAGCAGGCGAUCGAGUACGUGAAGCAGGCGGUGCAGGAGGACAAUGCCGGGAACUACGUCAAGGCCUUCCCGCUCUACAUGAACGCGCUCGAGUACUUCAAGACGCACCUCAAGUACGAGAAGAACCCCAAGAUCAAGGAGGCCAUCACCGCCAAGUUCACCGAGUACCUGCGCCGCGCCGAGGAGAUCCGGGCCGUCCUCGACGAGGGCGGCGCCGGGCCCGGCGCCCCUAACGGCGGGGGCGACGCGGCCGUCGUCGCCAGGCCCAAGACCAAGGGCAAGGACGGGGGCGGGGAAGGAGGGGAGGACUCGGAGCAGUCCAAGCUCAGGGCGGGGCUCAACUCCGCCAUCAUCACCGAGAAGCCCAACAUCAAGUGGAACGACGUCGCCGGACUCGAGAGCGCCAAGCAGGCCCUGCAGGAGGCCGUCAUAUUGCCCGUCAAGUUCCCCCAGUUCUUCACAGGCAAGCGGAGGCCAUGGAGGGCUUUUCUUCUGUAUGGUCCACCAGGAACAGGAAAAUCUUAUCUGGCUAAAGCUGUAGCAACCGAGGCUGACUCGACGUUCUUCAGUAUAUCUUCAUCAGACCUUGUUUCAAAAUGGAUGGGAGAGAGCGAGAAGCUAGUUGCUAAUCUUUUUCAAAUGGCGCGUGAAAACGCUCCUUCAAUCAUCUUCAUUGAUGAAAUUGAUUCUUUAUGUGGUACACGUGGAGAAGGCAAUGAAAGCGAAGCCUCUCGUAGAAUCAAAACUGAACUUCUUGUACAGAUGCAGGGUGUUGGCCACAACGAUGAUAAAGUUCUUGUUCUUGCUGCUACGAAUACGCCAUAUGCACUGGACCAGGCUGUGCGGCGACGGUUUGACAAGCGUAUCUACAUUCCGCUACCUGACGCGAAGGCAAGGCAGCAUAUGUUCAAGGUUCAUCUUGGGGAUACGCCGCACAGCUUAUCAGAAAGUGAUUUUGAGGUCUUGGGUCGUCGGACAGAGGGGUUUUCCGGUUCCGAUGUUGCAGUUUGCGUUAAGGAUGUGUUGUUUGAACCCGUGCGCAAGACGCAGGACGCCAUGUUCUUCUUCAAGACGGACGGUGGCAUGUGGAUGCCCUGUGGACCGAAGCAGCAAGGUGCCGUGCAGACCACGAUGCAGGAUCUUGCGUCCCAAGGCCUCGCUGCACAGAUCCUCCCUCCCCCGAUCUCGAAGACCGACUUUGAGAAGGUCCUCGCGAGGCAGAGACCGACGGUCGGGAAGAAGGACCUGGAGGUGCACGAGAAGUUCACCAAGGAGUUCGGCGAGGAGGGCUGAUGUAUACGCCGCUGCAGAAUGCUCUCUUGAACCCGUGCACGGCUGCGCGCACAACGAACUGUAUAUUGUUUGUUUCACACAUCUGUAUACUUUUGGUAGUAGCCCAUAUCGUGCUCAACUCACAGCGGGGGAGGCGGCCUUUAUUAUUAUGCUGGGCUAUCAUCAUCAUUGUGCCUCUAUUGUCCAACUCAUUUCAGUUUUACACUUUGUUGUCGUUAUGCUUGAAUUUUUCUGCAGUUGUAUUAAGGAAAAUAAUUGUUCUAAAGCUGAUCAUUGUGGUGCAGCUUGUAUAGUUGUUUCUCUUUCGUUAUUAUUUUUUCUGUGUUUAUUUCUGUAGUGUUGUUAGAUCAUAAAUAAAUUCAGCACCUAAGUGGUUUCAGUGUCAGGUAA